AUGGCGACAGUCGCAAGUCGAACCCCUUCUUCCGAUCCUGCCUCCGCUCUCCGCAUGGCACAGCAGGCUUCCUCGAUCCUUGCAAAGUCGUCAUCGAUCAGUACGACCUUUCCUGCAUCAAUGUUCAACAAGGCGGAUUCUGUUGAACUAUGGGACGAGCUUGAACAACUCCUCUAUGCGUGCCUACGAACCGGGGACGAUAAGUCCGCCUUUCUAUGUGUGGAACGAUUAAGUCAGAGAUUCGGUUCAACCAAUGAAAGAGUUAUGGCUUUGAGAGGGCUUUAUCAGGAAGCCACGGCACCAGAUGAAGCAGCACUGCGAAAGAUAUUAGAAGACUAUGCCAAAAUACUCAUGGAGAACCCCAUGAAUGUCCCCAUUCACAAACGACGGAUAGCGCUCAUGAGAAGCUUGGGAAGGCCGCAAGAUGCCAUCAAAGACCUGGUGGAAUUCGUGGAUUCCUUUCCCACCGACAUGGAAGCUUGGUGUGAAUUGAGCGACCUCUAUCACUCACAGGGUUGCCUGCCACAAGCUAUCUUUUGCCUCGAGGAAACUGUAAUCAUUGCACCCACUGCAUGGAAUCUUCAUGCACGACUGGGAGAGCUCGAAUAUCUAGCUGCCAUGUCGUCAACGGAGAGUUCCGAAGUCGACAAACACCUAUCGCAGGCAAUCCGACGAUUCAGUCGAAGCAUUGAACUUUGCGACGACUAUCUGCGUGGGUUUUACGGGCUAAAACUGGCCACGGACAAGGUCUUGCUGACGAACACGACGUCUCGGGGGAACACCAGCUCGUCGAUCACCCCGGACAAGGUGCAGAAAUUAAAUCAGCUGGCCACGUCAAGACUGCAAGCUAUCAUCAAGGACCGCAGCGGCCGACGAUCCUCCGGGACCGAUCAGUCCGAACUCAUUGCAGCCCAGGAAUUGUUGAACAGAUCCAAAGGCUGA